AUGAGCGAGGAAUGCGCAAACCCUCUCUUGCUGGGCUGGAUCAAGGAAUGGCUCGAUGAAGCCCGUGAGCGGAACAGCAAGGGCGUGACUGUUUACAAAAAGGCCUAUGAGUCGAUGAAAGCAUGCCCGUUGGAAUUCCAGCAUCCAUCACAAGCACAGCAAUUGAAUGGGCUCGGCCCUAAGCUAUGCGAUCGUCUGACAGACAAAUUGAAGGCUUAUUGCAGGGAACAUAGUCUGCUUAUGCCAGAGCCGCCUGGUCAAGCCAACAAGAGAACAUCCGAUGCCGGUGGUGUGGAUCAGCCUUCUAAGAAGCCCCGCAAAGCUAAACCAUAUGUUCCAGCUCUACGAUCCGGUGCCUAUGCGUUGCUCUUAGGCUUGGCUACCAUAGGUGAAAAUGCUUCACAAGGAAUGACAAAGGCACACCUUGUUGAAGUGGCUCAGCCUUACUGUGACAGUUCUUUCACGGCCCCUACGGACCCAACGAAAUUCUACACUGCAUGGAAUUCGAUGAAGACGUUGAUCCAGAAGGAUCUAGUCUACGAACAUGGGCGCCCUCUCAGGAAAUACGCCCUCUCGGAGGAUGGUUGGGAGGUUGCUAAACGCAUUCAGAAGACUCUCCCUGGAUAUUCUGAGAGUGCGAUGCCCUUGGCAGGUAAUCAGGCAUCCACCUCGCAACGAACUACAGCCCCGAAUGACGACGAUAACGACGAGUCCGAGACACCGCAACACAUCUUAGGAUGGGCCACCAAUACUGAAGGCCCUACCGAACCCAUCACUCUGCCACCGGGCAGUUUCACGAUUCAAUUGGUACUCGACACGCGAGAAGUGCGCACUUCCACAGAUCGCGACUACAUCGCCAACGAGCUCAUGAAACAAGGAAUUACUCCACAAGUGCGGGCCUUAGAACUUGGCGACGUUAUGUGGGUAGCCAAAUGCCACGAUCUAGCAUUCAUGUCGCGUCACGGCGAGGAGGGCGAUGAGGUGAUGCUAGACUGGAUCAUCGAACGAAAACGCCUCGAUGAUCUCAUCGGCUCUAUCAAAGACGGCCGAUUCCACGAACAAAAGUUUCGUCUCCGCCGGUCUGGCAUUAAAAACAUCAUCUACCUCAUUGAGGAAUUUACAGUCACCCACCCAGACGCUGGCAGCGGAAGUGGGCCGAAAUACCACGAGAUGGUCGCCUCCGCUAUCGCCUCGACGCAAGUCGUCAAUGGGUAUUUCAUGAAAAAGACCAAAAAUUUGGACGACUCUAUUCGAUAUCUGGCACGCAUGACCCUGCUUCUACGAAAGAUGUACGAUCUGAGCACUAGUCCACCCCAAAACACCUCCAAUGCGAAAAAAGUGGCAUUCAUUCCAAGUCGACGACUCUCCUCCACACAGUCCUACCUGACUCUUCUCGACGAACUUCGCGCCAAAGAUCCUACCCUUACCUACGGCGUCACAUUUUCUACCUUCUCAGCGCUAACAUCGAAAUCUGACGUCUUAUCCCUUCGUGAUAUCUUCCUGAAAAUGCUCAUGUGUACCCGUGGUGUGAGCGGUGAAAAGGCGCUAGAAAUCCAACGGCGAUGGCAAACCCCUCGUGCAUUUGUCGAGGCGUAUCAGGCUCUGGAGCCGCAGAAUCGAGAGACCAUGGUCUCGGAAAAACUGCAGUCGUUGGUGGGCAGGAAGAAGGUGGGCAAGGCCCAGAGCAAGAAAAUCGCAGAAAUUUGGGGCGAAGGCGGGAAAUGA